AUGCUGCAGGACAUCAGCAUGCGUCAGGCACCAAACCUUGCAGUCCGGAGGCCUGCGUUUGUGGAAGGAGGUGUCACUUCUGACAUUGGAGGGGGAAGGCAAAGUUACUUUCAAGGAAAAAGAGGCGAAGGGCCAUCCCUCGACCAGAAACCAGAUGUACCUGCUGAGAAUGAAACAAAGAAGCCACAAGCCUUGCAGCUGGCUGAAAUGCUGGAGAUUUAUGGAGAAAGUUCUUCCUGUGCUGGGAGAGCGCUCAGGAAUAUUUUUACUCUACAAGCAUCUGACCUGAUUAAAGACAGGGUGUACCUUACUGGCAUUUGCAGGAGAAGCUGUGUUGGAUCGGAACUGGUAGACUGGCUUUUGGAGCAGUGCCCUUUUGUUAAGUGCAGAUCCACGGCAGCUGGAGUGUGGCAGCUCCUCCUGGAUAUGGGCAUUAUAUUGUCAGUGGACAGACAUCUCUAUUUUCAAGACACUCAUGCUUUCUACCAGUUCUCAGCGGAUGAAUGUACCUACCUUUUCUGUGAAUUUGAGAAAGACGAAGGAUGGAAAAACGGAGUAAAGCUCCUACUUCAACUACUGCCACUGCCACCUGCCAGGAUUGACAUGUGUAACCUGUAA